GUACUCUUUCGAACGCCCAACCUAUUUUAUUUCACUUCCCAGAGAACUGCCGAAAGUGGAGAACGAAACUGGAAAUAAUAUCCUUCGAUCAGCGUUACGCUCGUUCACUUGACGUAGUAUGUGACAAGACUUUGGGCCGAUCCGAGCAAGCAAAAUAAUCCGAGUGUGCUACGGCGUUACCACUUCCGUUUGCUUUCAGAGGGCGUUGGCAAAAUAUUUUCUGCUUGUAAAGUUCACAAUGACGACGGCAGAUCAACAGCUCGACUCCGCCCUUGAUCUCAUGAGGAGGUUACCGCCUCAGAAGAUAGAGAAGAACCUGAGCGACUUAAUAGACCUGGUGCCUGGGCUUUGUGAAGAGCUCCUGUCCUCCGUUGACCAGCCACUGAAGAUAGCCACUGACAAAAAGUGCGGCAAGGACUAUCUGCUCUGCGACUACAACAGGGAUGGUGACUCCUACAGGUCCCCGUGGAGCAACAACUACGAACCCCCGCUGGAGGACGGCGCCCUGCCCUCGGAGCGGCUCCGCAAGCUGGAAGUGGACGCCAACAAUGCCUUUGACCAGUACCGGGAGAUGUACUUUGAGGGUGGCGUCUCGUCCGUCUACCUUUGGGACCUAGACCACGGCUUUGCGGGCGUGGUACUAAUCAAAAAGGGCGGCGACGGCUCCAAGAAGAUUAUGGGCAGUUGGGACUCCAUCCACGUCGUGGAAGUCCAGGAGAAAUCAAGUGGCCGGAAUGCGCACUACAAGCUGACGUCAACGGCUAUGCUUUGGCUGCAGACGAAAAAACCUGGUUCAGGAACCAUGAACCUUGGUGGCAGUCUCACAAGACAGAUGGAGCAAGACAGUCCAGUCAGUGAAGCAGUUCCUCACAUUGCCAACAUUGGAAAGAUGGUUGAGGACAUGGAGAACAAGAUCAGGACGACGCUGAACGAGAUCUACUUUGGCAAAACGAAGGACAUCGUCAACGGCCUGCGCUCCCUGCAGCCGCUGCAGGACCGGAAGCAACAGGACGCCCUCAGGAACGACCUUGCCCAGGCACUACGGAACCGUCAGGCCAAGCAGGACAGCUAAUGACUGCAGGCAACGCACAAUGACACUCGCCUGCAAGACGUUGCCGCGGCUGUCACUUGCGCCGAAAAGAGAGAGUCCAGCUGCCACGGCCGCCACAUCAUCGACGAAAGGCGCGUGCACACCCGGCAGCGGUGUAUUUUUUCCCCGCACCCCGCGGUGUCGGCAGUCAUCACACAGACAAUGUUUUUCACCUGCACCCAUGAAUUACAUGCAUCAACAAAUAGGGGGGAAAGGAGAGAGCGAGAGGGACAAGACUGUGACACUUUGGAGGUGGGAGGGGAGAGAGAGGUCGUGUGAGGGGACAGCGUCAUGUGGCACGAGCAGAUCGCGGCGAUGCACUGCCUUGUUUCUCCUGCUCGGGUGGUAUUACGAGGAUGCCGUUGUUUGUGAGACUCGGCCGAGCGAGCAAAACCACAUGCGCACACACACUAGACAAGGCUAGAAAAUUUUUUUUUUUAUCCUCGUUUCGGCUUUGGUGUACUGCCACUGUAUCUCUCCCUUGCCCCUCAUGAAUCUACGAUACAAGACUAAUCUAUGAUGAGCCCAUUUGUAGGGCUGUCACGUAAAACAGCGUAAUACGAAACUGACUCGCAUGGAGAAAUGUUUCAAAUGUGCUGCAGCACUUUCUUUACAAUGUUAUCUUUUUUUUGUUCUUUCAGAAUAAGUUUUAACGAAACUGUCGUCGCUACUUUUUUUCGAACGCAGUUUUGCGAAUGGUCCAGUUUACAUUUUAAAAAGGGCAUGUCUCCUUUUUCGUUGACUUUUUCGGUACAUUUUGAUUCACUGGAGGAGGGAUUAGCUUUAGGAUGUAGUCGAAAGGCCAUUCUCUGCUGUAGCUGUUGACUUAUUGUCGCUAGAGCACAUUUGUUUACCAAUGGAUGCUUAUUUUGAGUGUGUUUCUUUUCUUUAAUAUCGGUAACACACACACACGCACUCAGUGAUGUCUGUUUUCUAGUUACUAGUAGUAUUACGUCGGGCAUGGAAGGAGCGAUGGUUAAUUAAAAAGUUGUUGAACACUGAAGUUGCGGGCGCCAUCGAAUGCAAGUGCCACUACAUGCAAACACCUUAGACUGCACUUAACCGCAACACUUUGUUACUAGGUCCAGUUUAUUGUAGUCAAGCUCCUCGUUUGCCCCCCUCGUCGAACUCCUGCGGCCAGCGCAAUCAAUCCUCUUCCGCAGCCUUACGUUUAUGACCUGAGCACUUACGUAAUUUAUUGUUGAUUGCCUAUGCGGAACCUGCUAUGCUAUCUUUUUUUUCCUGCCAUUUGUAGUCAUCUCUCGAGGCACUCGGUAGUAUGAAAUGCGCGCGUUGUUGGAAGUUUGGUCACCAGGGGUUGCGCGAGCGGAUGUGUUUUGCGGGGGACCUUCCCCCCAUCCCCUAUUACUUCUUUUUGACGCAAAUCGUGAUUCUGCCACAAGGCACGCAGCGAUGCUUUUGUGUUUUGUUAAUGGACUACUUGUUGAGCCUAACACUUUUUUGGUGGCUGGUGUAUAAGUGGUCUUCUUCCUGUUCUUGCGCUGCUAAGCAAAAAUGGAAUAGGAGAUGUGUACAUUAAAAGAAGCGGAAAGGUGCAUAUUAAGAAGAAAAAAAAAUCACAGAUGUUACAAUAAAAGGCUUAUAUUCAUAUAAAA